AUUCUUUCGUUUUGGGGCACUCUCUCUUUCUCUCUCCUCUCUCUCCCUCUCUCUCUCAUCCAUUUUUCCUCUGUGAAGAAAGUCAUUCAUUCACCAUCCGCCAUGGCUUCUUCACAUGCCGAAACCUAACCAGAAAUUUCGUUGCAGACGUUUGUGGAAGCUGGCUGAGAUUCUCGGAGAGGUCUUUGUUGUUGUUGUUGGAUUGAGAAAUUGAAGGUUUCGAAGUGUAAUUGGGAGGAGUUGGUGAUGUCUCUGAGAAUAAAGGCGGUGGUGGAUAAAUUCGUGGAGGAGCUCAAGGAAGCUUUGGAUGCGGAUAUUCAAGAUCGAAUCAUGAAGGAGAGAGAGAUGCAGAGUUACAUCGAAGAGCGUGAGCGUGAGGUUGCUGAGCGCGAAGCUGCUUGGAAGGCUGAGCUCUCCCGUCGCGAGGCCGAGAUCGCCCGACAAGAAGCGAGGUUGAAGAUGGAGAAGGAAAAUCUGGAAAAGGAAAAAAGUGUGCUAAUGGGAACUGCAUCAAAUCAAGACAAUCAAGAUGGAGCUCUUGAAAUUACUGUAAGUGGUGAAAAGUACCGAUGCCUUAGGUUUGCAAAGGCAAAAAAAUGAGGCUGACAUAGUUAUAGUAAAAGGUAUUGUCUUGUUUGUGCCAUGUUCUUCCUCUUAAGCUUCUUAUAAUUUUUUACAAAGCAAAAUCAUUAGGGUUGAUAGCUUCUAAGAUGUACAUGUAGGUAAUUAUUUGCUACAUUAUCAUGAUGCUAGCCCUUUUAUUAAUCAUUCCAUUUCAUUUAUUUAGUGAAUGAAUCAACCUCCAUCCCCA